AUGUCCCUUGCCGGCCCGUGGGACGACCCUUACUUGAGGUCGCUGCCCGCCCCCCACCGCCCGCAGCUGCGAGUCGGCGACACAGCUCAAACCAGGAGAGGGAGCCGUGGCCCGCGCAGGCAGCGUAAGCCGCCUCCUGCCGACAGGACCCCGCGAACUGACGGGGCACGGCGUGCCAGCAGAACCAACCCGCCGUCCCCCGGGUUCGGACUCUCCCGACCCAGCUGCUGCCGUUUCCUCGGACUGACAUCCCCUCCUGUGUGCGGGAUCGGGGCUGCGCUGCAGCCGGGGACAGGGGGAACCCCUUUCCCGUGCGCGCAAGGAGAGCACUCGGCGGGGAAAGGGGCGGCCGGUGACUGCGGGGCGGAGCGCGAACCGAGGAGGAAGAAGUGGAGAGCGCGGCGCAUGGCUGUGCGGUCCUUCCGCGUCCUCAGGAUGAAGAUGGAUGGUGCCCUGCUGGUUACGCUCUGGCUGUGCAUGGUCACCCUUGGCAGCGGCUCGGGUCCAUGGACAUGCAAGAUAAGGUGCCUUGUUCUCCUUGCUGCAGAACGUUGUGAUGACUGGGGUGUGGACACCAUGAAGCAGAUCCAGAUCUACGACGGGGAGCCUGCCAAGAUCAAAUGCCCGCUUUUCGAGACCUUCUUGAAGUACAACUACAGCACAGCCCAUUCUGCUGGCUUAACCCUGAUCUGGUACAGGAUCGGGCAGGACCGGGAUCUGGAGGAGCCCAUUAAUUUUCGAUUGCCAGACAAUCACAUCAGUAAGGAGAAAGACACCCUUUGGUUCUGGCCUGCCCUUCUCAACGACACUGGGAAUUACACCUGCAUGCUGAGAAAUACUACCUACUGCAGCAAAGUUGCAUUUCCCUUGGAGGUUGUUCCAAAAGACCCAGACUCUUGUGUGAGCCAUUUGAUAAAACCCACUGAGGAGAUCUUCUACUUAGAGCACGCCAAUGAGAAGAUUGUAUGUCCAGAUAUCGAUGGAUUUUACCCUGCUAGUGUAACACCGACGGUCAAGUGGUACUUGAACUGCAACUUGGUGGAUGGCUUCCAUGAGCGAUACCCUCAAGGGCCCAGGCUUGUCAUUUCCAUUGUCCGCAGCCCCUACAAAGGCAAUUACACUUGUGUUGUGACAUUCAAGGACCAUGGAAGAACCUAUAAUCUCACCAGAACCAUAAAGAUGAAGGUGGUGGGAUCUCCAAACAAGGCCUUGCCACCACAAUUCAUCUCUCCAAAUGAGAAAAUUGUCUAUGAAGUGGAAGCAGGAGAUGACCUUGUUCUGGUCUGUGAUGUCUUCUUCACUUUCCUGAAGGACUCUCGGACUGAAGUGUGGUGGACCAUCGAUGGGAAAAACACAGACGACAUCACAGACUCCAAGAUAAAAGUCACACAAAGUGAAAAUCCUACAGAGUUUGAAGACAAAACUGUCAAAAGGAUUCUGACAGUUUCCAAAGCCACGCCAGAGGAGUUGAAACGGAAUUACACUUGCCAUGCCAGGAACGCCAAGGGCGAGGCCCAUGGCCAGGCCAUAGUACACAUGAAAGUUGUAGCACCAAAGUACACUGUGGAACUGGCCUGUGGACUGGGGGCAACCAUCCUGCUCAUUGUGGUGCUGAUAGUCAUCUAUCAUGUUUAUUGGCUUGAAAUGGUCCUCUUCUAUCGAGCUCAUUUUGGAACAGAUGAAACCAUUCUAGACGGGAAGGAGUACGAUGUGUACGUGUCGUACGCGCGCAACGCGGAGGAGGAGGAAUUUGUGCUGCUGACGCUGCGAGGAGUCUUGGAGAACGAAUUCGGCUACAAGUUGUGCAUCUUUGACAGAGACAGCCUCCCCGGGGGAAAUACCACCGAAGCUGUGUUCGACUUCAUCCAGAGGAGCCGCAGGAUGAUCGUGGUUCUGAGUCCCGAUUACUUGACAGAGAAGAGCAUCAGCCUCCUGGAAUUCAAGCUGGGCAUCAUGUGCCAGAACGCCAUUGCCACCAAGCUCAUUGUGGUGGAGUACAGGCCACUGCAGUGCACCCACCCCAGCAUCCUCCAGCUGAAGGAGUCUGUCUCCUUUGUCACCUGGAAGGGAGAGAAGUCCAAGCGCUCCGGCUCCCAGUUCUGGAAGGCGUUGCGGCUCGCCCUGCCGCUGCGCAGCCUGAGUGCCGGCGCUGGCUGGAACGAGAGCUGCUCUUCCCAGUCAGACAUCAGCCUGGACCCCAUUCAGAGGAGAAGGAGCCGAUUGAAAGGGCAGCCUGACCCACGGCGAAUCGCGGCGAUGACUUUCGCUCCCGGGGGGACGGCCCCGGUCUCUGAAUCGAGUGCCAAACACCGAGCCAAGCACUUCCUGACCUGCCGGUGUUGUGGGACCUACUGCAACGAUGGCAGCAGGCUCAAGCGCAAACACCGAGCCGUGGCCGAGCCCAAGUGGGACACUCACCUCUGUAAGUCAGGCUCAGGCAGACCUGCAGCGCAGGGGAUUCAGGGCAGAAGCCGACCCGAGCCCCCACCAGCACAGGCUCCCGCUCUUGCCCUCUGCCAUUACAGCGACCUGUCCAACAACAACGACUUCUACGUACUCUAACCAAGAGGCUGGUGGCACCGCAGGUGCUGGGCCAGCAAAAGCAGCUCGCUGCAGCCUCAGCCAAGAUAUUUGUACAAUAUCACAGGCUGAC